AUGCACUCUCACUAUCAUCCAUUUGUUUCCAUUGACGAUGACAUUUCGGAUGUCUAUAUGGAUGCUAACGAGGAAUCGCCUAAUUCUGCUCAACCAGACAAUGGUGUGGCCCCUCCUAAUUCAACUACAGGUAUUUUCCAAAACUGGGAUUCCCCAAACACUCCUCUCUUAACUAAUGAAUCCUUGGCUCCAAACCCCUUGAGUACCUGGAAUUCGACAUUGAGCCCGUCCGUCUACCCACCGAUUCCUGAGGCUUUCCCCCCUGAAUGGGCCGAAGUUGUCGCGUCAGAUGUUGUCCAAAUGUGUGCUUCUACUGAUGCUUCACAGCAGGAGAACGGUAUAUCUGAUGAGUCUACGCCUUCUGUUCGACGUCUUUCUGAUGCUUAUGUCUCUGGAAUGCCUGUCAAACGUCGAAGGAUUAUGUUGGAUCGCAAGCAUAAUUUUACCAAUUCAACUAAUGACAUGUUUAUAAAUUUGCUCAAGGAGGCGAUGUCCUCCCAGAUACCUAUAGCUUCUCCCGCUGGACCGGUUGAAAUUGAAGAUGGUGGAGAUGUAGUAGCUGCGACAGAGGAAGCAAUGUUCCCUUUAUCACAAGUUGCACCACCUCAACACGUGUCUGAGGCGUUCAAGGCAUAUGUUACUGAGCACCUAUCCCGUAGGCUAGCAAAUGAUCCGGAUUUCGAUGCUGAAAGACAUUCGGCAGCUGAUGAGGUCUUCAGAAAACAAUCCUUUCCAUCUUCUUCCUCAGAUAAGCGACAGUAA